AUGGCAUCUCCAAACAUCGUCGUCACCGGAUCCGUACGGAGUCAUCCCAGACAUGCAAAAACGGUGCCCCAAGCUGUGCCUCUUUCACUUCUUGACGCAACAACUGCCAACUUUGCCCUCACCAACGCAAUCUGGUUAUUCCAACGCCCGCAGCUGUCUAGAUCCGAGGGAUUUGACCUGUCUAAACACCUUUGCGACGCAUUAAGUGUGAACCUAGAUGCUUACCCUCAGUGGACGGGUCGUAUCAAAGCCAUACAGACGGUUGACGGACAGAGCCCAGAAGCGACACGCGAUUUUCCCCCUCAUGCUCGACGCUUCGGACGUCUCUAUGUUCAAUUUGGAGACGAGGAGGACCCGGGUGUUGACUUUAUCACGGCAACCAGCCCAUGUACUGUCGAUGAGCUCCAUCCCGCGGAUCGGGUGGACAGCCAACCACUUUGGGACGGGCACAAGAUCGGACUGAACAGCUUCAUCUCUGCAGCAGACAUUGCAACUCCCUUUGGGGCAGAUGAGCAAGGAGAAGACGGUUUGCAGAUGCCUCUGAUGGCCAUUCAACUUACCAACCUUGCCUGCGGAGGCUUCGUCCUGACCGACUGGGCUAAUAUCAGUCGAAUGGUUAUUUCUGGACUAGAUGAGCCUGUUGCACAGUCUGUGUUUGACCCUUCUAAGUUGGACAAUCUUGCCGCCGGUGAUAUCAAUUCCCAGGAUCCAAGUCCGGAGGUGCUUGCGCAUACCAAGGAAUUACCCUUGCACCGGUAUGACUGGUGGCUAUCUGCGGCGACCUGCCCAUUCCCAAUGCCCAUCCCAGAGCCUUUCCGGAAAGAAAAUCUAGAAAGCGCCGGUGCCAUGAUGCCCUGGUCUGAAUGGGACAAGCAGAUCGAGUUCCUGUGGGCCGAAAUUAACAAAGACAGCGCCCAAAGUUUUAGCCAACAUGAUGCCAUCUUGGCACACAUCUGGUCGUGUAUUGCUCGUGCUCGAAAACUCGGCGGCGACGCUGGCCCAAUACACUGUGACCUCGUGUAUGGUGUCCGACCAGCCCUUGGUCUCGGCAACAGCUUUAUCGGAUCACCCAUUAUCAUGAUGAAUGUGGAAAUGGCCGCGACAGAGGUUGGUGGUGUACAGAAAGCAGCCAGUCUUCAACCCAUCGCAUCUCGGAUUCGCGAGACCAUCGCUCAGUUCGCGCAGCCGGAACCCAUCGCCCAUCACCUGCACAGCGUAGCGUACGAAAAGUCUCCCCAGCGGCUGUGGCAGGCUUUCUUAGGACAGCGACAUAUUCUUGUCAAGAGCUGGGCUCGCGCGGGCGUCUACGACGUCGACUUUGGAUUCGAUGCGGUGCUUCGCUAUGUGGAUGGCGUGGUUCCGUACAUGGACGGAAACGUGGUGAUCAAGGAAGCGCCGCCACGAUUGAGAAACUCGGGUGGUGGCACAGAACUCAAGUCCCCGGAGUGGACGGAUCAUGGUGUGGAUGUGACUAUUCACAUUUGUGCAGAAGAUAUGAAACGACUUUUGGAAGACCCCUUGCUGCUUCCGUCUAUAGAUUAA